CUGUUGACGGAAGUAGCAGUCAUGAUUUUUUACGCUUUUUGUUGGCGAUAGUUUCGCAUAAUUUCGUAUUAUAAAUCGGCGUUUAUAAUUUAAUAAUAGUAAAUUUCGCAAUAGAAAUAGAUUAACCCUAUUUUUUCCUUAUUAAUAACGAAUCGACGUAAAUAACGUAGUUGACAUUAGGUAUGACGAAGCCCGGCGAUAAGAUAAGACGGGUCGCAACUGGAGAGCGGUGAGCAUUACCCUAUAGAGCCUGGGCAAGACCAAGACCUUCCUGCGACCACCUGUACUUUAGGAUAUAUGUUGCUAUGGAAGGUCUUGAUGAAGAAGACCACUUUCGAGAUUUGGAACUUAUUAGAGAAAGAUGUAGUGCUCUGAACAGAAGUAAAAGUAUUGGAAAGGGAAACAACUUGGAAGAGGCAACAAAGAAGCCUGCUCCCGUCUGCACUUUGAAGGAUCACUCCAAUGAUGUCACUUGUGUUGAUUUUGCUGGAAGAUCACUUCUGGCUACUGGGUCGUCAGACAAAAGUGUUCGCAUUUACAAAUGGCAAGUUGGAGAUAAAUUUAUUGAAGUUAAAUAUUCUCCUUUGAUUGGGCACACAUAUGCUGUCAAUUCCAUAAAUUUUUCUCCAUUUGGAACAAAGCUUGCAUCAGCAUCAACUGAUGGCUCUACUAUCAUCUGGGAUGUAAAGACUGGGGAUAGGCUGUGCUCCUUGCAGCAAGAUAGUGAUGCAGCUUUAAGAGUGUGUGCCUUUUCUACAAAUUCUGCACUGCUAGCCACAGGAGGUGAUGAUGAUAUGGCAUCUUUAUGGGAUGUGUCUACUUUGUCCUUGCUAAGAAACAAGCAUGCCCCUGAACAGUGCUUAUUAAGGAGAAUAAGUGGUGAUGAAUCAACAGUGACAACAGUUGGUUUCACCCCAGACAGCAGUUAUUUAGCAACAGGUAGCAGCGGAGGAGAACUGAGAAUUUGGGAUGCCCGAUUUGGUCACUCAGUCCCCAUAGCCAUCAAAUCAAAGGCCCAUGACUUAGGAGUCUGUACACUUCAUUUUAGUCCAGCUAUUGGUAAAGAAG